GAAAUGAAUGCUUCCUAAUAUAAAAUUAUAUCAGGCCACCUCAUCUAUCAUAUAUAUAUAUAUAAUAAAUGAAUCAAAGAACAUGGAGAUUAGACUGAUCAGUCGAGCUACGGAGAAACUUUAUUUAGUUGAUUUUUUUGUCAAGUUAAUUUUUGUUUGGAAAUAGUAUAUUAGUAUGUAGCUGGUUUAUGGGAUUUUGUUAAUCUAAUAGUAUAAGCUAACAAGUAUUGAUCGAUUUAUGAAACUUUUCCCUUACAUAAUAUCUGGUCAUGUAUUUUGUGCAUGAAAUAUCUUAACUCUAGUCUAUUACUCGUACCAGCCAAGUGCAAAGUAAACAUUUCACUUUCUUGUGUAGUCAUCUUGUGAAUCACCGUAAUUAUUGAAUUAUCUUACCAUCAUAAUUAUUCAAAUUACAGAUAAUGCAGUUAGCAUAAUCAUGAACGUAUGCAAAAAAAAAAAUAGACAAAAAUAAAAUCAUUAUUCAUAUAGAUCGAUUUGCAAGCUGUAAUCAACUAACUCCUCUACAAAUUAGCAAACAAUGUGCAAAAUUAAAGGUAAUUGAAUUAUGGAUACACAAUAACUUAACUACAAACACAUUUUUAUCAUUAUAACAUUGUUAUAUACCGUUAGAAAUUUUAUAAAUCAAUAAACACAUCAAAUUAAUAAAUUUUGCCGGUUUCGAGUUAGUUCUGAGAAAAAUCGAUAAAAUAAUAAGAUAAUAAAAUUUAAAAAAUUCUAUAUAAAUACAUGGUUACAUAAAUCAUUAAUAAUAAACUUAAUUACGUGAAAAGCUAUAUCAUAUGAAUACCGUACUAUAUAUUAGAUUAAUAAAUAUGAGCCGAAAAUUGAGAGGUCUGAGACGGGAAAAGCCCAACAAAUGAGUUAAGCCCAACAGUAUUUGGCCUUUUAUGAAAAGCGGGAAAACAUCGAGAAGUCAAAAUAUUUCGGAUCUCUCACUUUCCCCCAAACACUCUGUCUCUAUCUCACUCUCGCAGAUUGGUUCCUUCUCUCUUUAAGUAAAUCACUUGAAUUCUCUCGAGUUGGAUCCUUACGCCCCUCCGCCUCCCAGAAAAUUUCUCAAAUUUCAAUUGAAACUCUCUGAUUUGCGUUGAAGUUCCCAAUUCACUAUUUCUAGGGUUUCUCCCCCUUUCUCGGGGGUUUACGAUUAAGGGUAUGAAUCACCCCAUCUCUCACUUCAGAAGCUUAAGCUCCGAUCGUCUCUACAGUAAAUGACGAGUCACGGCGGGGAGAGGAUUCACACGGUACAGCCGGAGAGAGAUUUGGUGGCGAAUUGGGAAGUUGAUUUAUCGGAGAAGCUAGAAGAGUACCUCCUCAAGAUAUGUACCGGAGAAAUCACCGGAAACGAAGAAGAAGAUGGGAAGAUUCCUGUUAAUUUCGCCGAAGCUGCUUUGUUGCUUCAGGGUUCGGUUCAGGUUUACAGCAAGAAAGUUGAGUACUUGUACAAUUUGGUCUUACGUACUUUGGAGUUUCUAUCCAAGCAAAGAGACCAGGAAGAGUCCAACGGUACAUCAAACGAGGCUGAGGCAAGCUCCUCUCGUCAGGUUGAUGAAGAAGAAAAUGAUCUCUUCUGGAACGUGGAUGACAUCCCAGUUGAUGCAAAGAAUAGCUUGGACAACUCGGUUGGCGGAGAUUCAUGUCCAAAUCAGUUUGUUAAGCCUCCAGCAAAUCUUGUUGUUCUUGAAGGUGACUGCUUGGAUACUAGUGGUGACGGAGGAGAGCUGGAAUCUUAUCUGUUAGCAACUACACAUCUCUACCGGGAUUUUAUUCUAUUAGACCCAUGUGAUGCUGUAGCGGUAAAUGAUUUUUUAGGUGAUGAUAACUAUGCUGGUAAAAGAAGGAACAGUGCUCGCAGAGGCAGCUCAGCUCGUAAAAGUUUUCACUCACCAGUAGGACGUUCUGGAGGAAGUGCUCGUAGAUCAUCCCUAGGAAAGAAUCAGGGCACCAGUUUCAACCAGACACCAGUAAAUGGGAAUGGUCCCGAUGCUCAAAACUAUGACCAAGAGUCUCAACCUCCUCCUGACUUUGGAGACAAUGAUCAUGGCUUUGACAUGGAUAAUGACCAUGGAGGAACCAUGGAUUUGAGUGAUACAGAUGCUGAUGAAGAUGAUCCCUGGAAGCCAUUGAAUCCCUAUGAACCAGGGAAGUUGAAAGUGAAGCCUUUUAAAAAAGUAAAAACUUUAAGAAAGUUUGGAGGUAGCAUUACCAAGGACCAUAUUACUUCCAUGUUUCCUCUUGCUAGACCCAACGGUCCCAUUAGUACAGAGCUCAGCGGAAUUUGGGAGAAGCGCCGUCCUUCUAGUAACAAUGAGAGAGAACCACAAGACAUUCCCUAUUACGAGAAGCUUCGAGCAUCGCUUGUGAAUGGAGGAAACCAACCUACUGAUGCUAACGGCAAUCAGAAGGAGGGCUUUAAGGAUAACAAUGAUGAAGCUAAUUAUGGCGACUUCCAUGAUUUUGGAGAGCAUGGUGGUGAUGAUCAUGAACAUGCGUUCAUGGAUGAAGAUGGUCCAGACAUGAAUGAUGAUGGAGCUGCAGAUUUCCCCAACUACGAUGGGUUUGGAAACGACGACUCGCAUUGUCAAGAAAGCUUGGAAGAUCUUUGUCGCUCACACCUGGAUGCUCUUCUUGCUAACAUAGCUAAAAGUGAGAAGCAGACAGAUCUAGCUGCUCGAGUUUCAACUUGGAAACAGAAAAUCGAGCUAAACCUAGAAGAACAAGAGCUGCACCCUCCUUUUGACAUUCAAGAAUAUGGAGAAAGGAUUGUCAGCAAACUGACUGUUGAAGAGAGCCGAGACGUUGAGACCUUUACGGAUCUCAUGAAAGACCAAGAAAAACACGAUGUAGCCCGGGCUUUCUCCGCGCUUCUCCAGUUGGUGAACAAUGGAGACGUUGAGCUGGAGAAACCUGGGAACUCGGUAGGCGAACCAGUGUGUUAUACGGCGGUUAAUCCUUUCAGCGUUCGGUUACUCAGUGAUCGUAACAGAAAGGCUGAGAAAAAUGCAAUGCAUUUACCUCGGAAACGAGAAAAAUCCCCCACAGCCAAAGGCAAAUCUCCAGAGUCACCACCAUCAAAGAAGGCAAACAACACAUGUUCUGUCUCAAGCAAAGAGACUAGGAAAGUGUCCUUAAAGAUAUCAAAGAUCAACAAUGUCGGCACUAAGUGCACACGGAAGAGCAAGAAGAGAUGAAAAAGUUUAAUCUGAUGAGGUAGUAGGCGAGGUAACUGAUGUUUUCUUCAGUCGAACACUGAGGGGAAUAUUGUAAAGCUAAAAUGGUUAAUGGCUCCACAAGUUAGAUUAUAGGUGUUGGAUUUUUAUCAGACAGUUAGGAAACUCUGUAACUGUGAGUUAUGUAUAAUGACGGCUUUGUCUGAAGUAGUAGCAGCCAUCAUCAGCCUAUGCAGUUGUAAUAACAAUCAAAUACCACUUUUGAUGAUCUUUUUAACAUAUUAGAGGGUGAUUUUGGAAUUUCUUUAAGAUUUGGAUUGUAGUUCAUAAAGUGAUAUCCUUUUUAUCUCAAGGGAAUAAGAAUCAUGUUGUUCAUA